AUGAAGUUCGAGGUCACAUCUUCCCGCGCCGCCGCGCUCAUCGCUCUCAUCGCGAGCGCUGAAGCUGCCAAACAUGGCCAUGGUCACAGCCAUGCCCAUAGCCGUGAUGUUACCCUGGAAAAGAAGAGCGGAAAGUGUCAGUUUCCCACUGAUGCUGGCCUGAUUUCUGUCACCCCGAAUGAGCAGAAUGCCGGUUGGGCUAUGAGCCCUAACCAACCCUGCAAGCCUGGAAACUACUGCCCCUAUGCCUGCCCCCCUGGUCAGGUUUCUAUGCAGUGGGAUCCCAAGGCUACCUCCUACUCCUACCCCAUGUCAAUGAAUGGUGGUCUGUACUGUGACGAGAGCGGAGAGAUUCAGAAGCCAUUCCCUGAGCGUGACUACUGUGAGGAUUCCAAGGGAGCUGUGAAAGCUCACAACAAGGCUGGCAAGGCCGUGUCUUUCUGUCAGACUGUGUUGCCCGGAAACGAAGCCAUGCUUAUCCCGACCAUGGUUGAAGAGCUCGAAGAUCUGGCUGUGCCUGGCAUGUCCUACUGGUGCUCUACUGCUGCCCAAUACUAUAUCAACGCCCCCGGUGUCUCUGCCGAGGAGGGUUGCAUCUGGGGUACUUCCGCGAACCCCGUCGGCAACUGGUCUCCGUAUACCGCUGGUGCCAACACUGAUGCCUCCGGUAACACUUACUUGAAGAUCGGCUGGAACCCCAUUUAUCUGGAGCCCACUACUCCCUUCCGCGACGUCAAGCCUGACUUCGGUAUCGAGAUUGUGUGCGAGGGUGAUGGUUGCAACGGCCUGCCCUGCAAGAUCGACCCCGCUGUCAACUCCGUCAAUGAGAUGAUCGGUACUCCCUUCACCGGCGCCGGCGGCGCUACCGGCUGUGUUGUUACCGUCCCCAAGGGCGAGACCGCCCACAUCGUCGUCUUCGAGAAGGAGGGUAGCGGUAGCAGCGCUAGCACUGAGUCCGAAACCAUCUCGGUUCCCACCAGCACCGCCACUCCUACUAGCACCAGCACUUCUACCCCUACUCCCACCCCGACUAGCACCAGCACCAGCAUCAGCACCAGCUCCUCGACCGAGACUCCUACCAGCACUCCUACCCCCACCUCUACCCCUACUCCCACUCCCUCGUCGACCGAGACUCCGACCUCCACCCCCACUUCUAGCUCCACAUCAACCGUCAGUGCUAGCUCCACAAUGACCCCCAUGUCUAGCGCCGCCUCCAGCACUAGCCUGCCUAAGUCGACCGGCUCUCUGAGCUACACCUACCAGCCCCACGUUCUCACUGGCUCUGCUGAAAUUGCCAUGGCCUCCUCGACCACCGCUGCCGCCGCUGCAUCCUCUUCCGCUGGUGCCAAUGGUGCCGCCAGUGCUGCUGUCUCGGUUCUGACCCUGGCCUUUGGUACUGUCGCUGCCUUGGCCGUGAACUUCUAA